UAAUUUACCAAAAACAGAUAAAGUCGUGUUCAUUUCUUUAAUCGAAACCUGGGACUAACUUGUUUUUUUUUUCCCUUUAAUUAUUAUUUUCUCUGUUGUGUUGUUCAUCAAUUAUUAAUCCAACUAUAUCACCAAAAGAAGAAAAUAAAAAAUCUCUUCUCUUCCUUUUUCCUUUUUCCUUUUUCUCUGUCCAAUUAUCAGAACAAAAAGCAAGCUUAGACUUUAGGGUUUGUGGCUCUUGUACAACCAGAUAGAGGAAAAUGGUGAGAGGAAAGAUCGAGAUCAAGAAGAUCGAGAACAAGACAAGUAGACAAAUCACAUUCUCGAAGCGAAGGAACGGUCUCUUCAAGAAGGCACAUGAGCUAUCUGUUUUAUGUGAUGCACAAGUCGCCGCCAUUGUCUUCUCUCAGAGCGGAAAAUUAUAUGAAUUCUCUAGUUCCGAGAUGGAGAAGACCAUAGAAAGGUAUCGCAAGUUUAGUAAUGACUACUUUGCGCCAGGGAGGCCCCAAGUAGAACUAUACAUGCUGGAGCUCAAGAAGGAAAUGGAUAUAAUGGUAAAGAAGAUUGAUCUCCUUGAAGUUCAUCAAAUGAAACUAAUGGGGAAAGGUUUGGGUUCAUGUUCACUGGCAGAACUUCAAGAUAUAGAAACUCAGAUUGAGAAAAGCCUUCGAAUCAUCAGAUCAAGAAAGGCUGAUUUAUAUGCAGAUCAACUACUGAAACUAAAAGACAAGGAGAGAGAACUUUUGGACGAGAGAAGAAGGCUACGUGAAGAGGAAAUAAGAGAAACACUGGUACGGCCAAUGCUGCCAGUAACCUUACAUACUGAGAAAAAUGAAACCGUAGGUGCCUGCAGAACGUCCAAACGUUCAUCAGAGGUCGAAACCGAUCUAUUUAUUGGAUUGCCCGCUACUCGACUAUAACGUAUUUCACACAUUCCUUAAGUCUACUCAAAGUAAGAAAAAAGUUCCCUGAUUGUUUUAUAACUUUGAUUCGAUGUUUGUAUACUAAUAAUUUGUUUAUAAUUUUCUUAGCGUUUUGGCCAUCUCUUGUGUAUAAACUGGAAAUAAUUCGACAUGUAUAAGUUGUCACAUAAUUCCAAAAGAAAAACUUAAAUGACAACUUAUACAUUUUUAUCAGAA